AUGGAACGCGUCGUGAAACUCGCUACCAAGCGUUGCCCUUUUGUCAGCAAGACUGACGCUACUACCCUUCGCAGAAUGAUGGGAGCUGGUUUGGUUCGCGCUGGUGCCCAUUGUCCCAUUAUGGGAGGAGCCCUUCCUGCCGGUGACCAGCAUGCCUUCACUGGUAAACGUGGAUUCAAGUCCCAUUCCAAGCACAUGGCAAAGGAACCUUCUUUAGAAGAGAUCCAUUUGAAAGCCGGCGUGAGUGACCGUAGCUCUGGCAUGUGUCGUCAUGCUCAAGCAGUCAAAGAAGCCGCUACUAAACCCGAUGAGGUUGCUUCCAUUCAUCAAGAAACACUCCCAGGUGCAGCUCGUCAGGCUUAUGGUGUUUCCCCUGCGGGUGCCCCCAGGUUCGACUAUGAAACCUUUUACGAAGAGGAACUCCAAAAAAAAUUACGGGAUAAAUCGUAUCGGUAUUUCAACAAUAUCAAUCGCCUAGCGCAUGAAUAUCCACUCGCUCACUUGGCAGACCCAAAUACCCGUGUCCAGGUAUGGUGCAGCAACGACUAUCUCAACAUGGGUGGUCACAAAAAGGUAAGCGACGCUAUGCAUCGUUGCAUAGACAAGUACGGAGGAGGAGCCGGGGGUACCCGGAAUAUUGCAGGGCAUAAUCAGCAUGCUAUGCGAUUAGAAGAGUCGAUCGCCGACUUACAUCUAAAACCCUCCGCACUCAUUUUUGGCAGUUGUUAUGUCGCAAACGAUGCUACUCUUUCUACUCUUGGUAGAAAACUGCCAAACUGUGUAUUCCUCAGUGACGAAAUGAACCAUGCUUCUAUGAUUCAUGGAAUUCGUAAUUCUCGAUGUGAGAAAAUAAUCUUCAAGCAUAAUAAUCUCGCUGAUUUGGAAGCCAAGUUGGCCUCUCUCCCUAUCAACCGUCCAAAGGUAAUUGCCUUUGAAUCCAUUUACAGCAUGAGCGGAAAUGUUGCUCCUAUUUCCGAGAUCUGCGAUCUCGCCAAGAAAUACGGCGCUCUCACCUUUUUGGACGAAGUUCAUGCGGUUGGCAUGUAUGGCCCUCGUGGCGGUGGUGUUGCUGAAGAGACCCCUGGUUUGCUGGACAAAGUCGAUAUUAUCACGGGAACUUUAGCCAAGUCUUAUGGUUGUGUUGGUGGUUACAUUGCCGGAUCUUCUCGUUUGGUCGACAUGAUUCGUUCUUUAGCUCCUGGUUUUAUCUUUACUACUUCGUUACCUCCUCAUGUAAUGGUUGGUGCUCUUACAGCAAUUGAGCAUUUAAAAACAUCCAACGUUGAGCGUGAGCAACAACGUUCUGCUGUUCGCCGAGUAAAGCAAUCCUUGUCUGAAAUUGGAAUUCCUGUCCUUUCUAAUGAUACUCACAUCGUUCCAGCUAUGGUUGGUGAUGCUGAAAUAGCCAAGCUCGCUAGUGAUUCUUUGUUACAAGAGCAUCAUAUAUAUGUGCAAAGCAUUAAUUCGCCUACAGUCAAUGUCGGGACUGAACGUCUUCGAAUUACUCCAACACCGGCCCACAACACCGAAAAGUACGUUCAAAGCUUGACUGGUGCUAUGGACCAAGUAUGGCGUAAAUACAAGGUCAGCCGCUUGGAUGGAUGGGCCAAUCGUGGCAUUGAUGUCGGCCGUCUUUGCAAAUUUCCCGUUCUUCCAUUUUCUACCUCUGGUUUAUAA